GUAUAUGAAUAUUUGGUCGCCGAAUUUUCAAUUAUUUUUAAUAUUAAAAUCGAAUACAAAAAUCGAUUUUCACUUUAAAAAAAAUCGAUUAUUUUUCACAUCCCUAUUAAUUUUAUAAACUUAAUCGGCCAUUUUGAAUGUGGUUUAUGCUAGACUAGCGGUAAUUAGUUUUACAGUGCAAAGUUUACUUUAUAAAUCCGUUUCUUUUUUAUUUUCACGUGAAAGUGCGUUAUUUUAUUUGCAUUUUUUGAAACUUGGCUUUACAUACAUAAUCAACACUGAUUUCUCGCGAUCAUUUUCAGAUUUAUAGUGAUGGCGUCUACAAGUUCUACUCGUGAAAAUGAUUUUGAGGACGAUGGGUCCGUUGUGAAUCGUGACUUGAAUAGUGAGGAAGUGGUCUCAUUGUGGAAUCUGAUUAGAUUAUAUAAAAAAUUAGGUACCAAUGAGCAGUGUGUGGCAUUCGCUGAAGAAAAUGGUUUAGUGCAUUCUCAAAAGCAAUGUAGUACACAUCGUAAACCCAUGAAAAUUGCUAAAUCGACGAAUAAAACAUUUGGUUCAUGGUGUUGCACGAAAGGAAAUUGCAGAUCAAAAACUAAAGUUCCUAGAAAUAAAGGAACAUUUUUCGAAAAUAUUAAAAUAGAAUUAGUUCAUGUUUUCUAUUUAUUAUAUGCGUUUUCGCAAAAUUGGAGCUAUCUUACAACCAUGCGUGAAGAUCCAUAUAAAGAUGAUAGACUUAAAUCCUUAAGCCGAGUUACUAUAUGUGAUUGGUAUAGUUAUUGUAGGGAAACUAUAGUUAUAUAUCAAAUGGAUAAAACUCAAGCGGUAGGAAAGAUUGGUGGCCCAGGGAAGAUAGUCCAGAUUGAUGAAUCUAAAUUUGGGAAAAGAAAAUAUAAUCGAGGACGACAUAUUGAGGGCUAUUGGGUCCUUGGUAUGAUCGAAGACAAAUCUGAAGACCUAAGAUUGGAAGUGUGCCCAAAUAAUAUUCGAUCAGCUGAUAUAUUACUUCCUCUCAUUCAAAAACAUGUUGAAGUUGGUACUAUCAUUCAUACUGACUUCUGGAAAGCAUACGAUUGUCUGGCAGACCAUGGGUACAUACAUCAAAAAGUGAAUCAUUCAGACCCUGAAAACCCGUUUGUGGCUGAAGAUGGAACCCAUACGCAAAGGAUUGAGUCACAGUGGAGGGCAGUAAAAAGAUUUUUUAAAAAGGAUAAUUAUAAUAACUCUGAAAAUUUUUCAGAUCAUGUCUAUGAAUAUUUGUGGCGGCGAAACAAUACAAAACAUAAAAAAGACCCAUUUUUGGAGCUAAUUAAAGCUGUCAAAUAUGUCUAUAAAUUAAACACUGACUGACCGAUUUUUUAUUUUGCUAUAUUGCUUAUUUUGCUUUUGUUUACUGCUCUACACGUGCUAUGGCUAUGUAUUGGGCCCUGGUGGUUUUAGUGGGUAUGGGGACCAUCGCAUGUUACGACCUUGAUCCCCACACUCCCCGCGCCAAUCACACUUGCCCAGGCGCGGGGGCCCGUAAUCGGGUUUCCCCAGGUGAAAAAAAAAAAAAAAAAACGCGUUUUUUUUGACGCGUUUCCGGAGCAAAACUCACUUGGAGGUGUUCCAAUGAAGGUCCUCCGAGACUCCUAAAUAAUUAGUAUCGUCAAAAAAGUGCGAUGGUAUUCAAAACCGUUACC